AUAGAAAUACUUUUUAAACAAUCUAUGUAUUUAAAUAUUUAGUUUCAAGUUUGAUGUUGUAAGUGGAUGUAGGACUUGGCCAAUGUUUUAUUUCACAGACAUGUUUAUUUUAGUUGGGAUGUGUUGUGCUAAAUUGGUUUAACUAUCUUAAAAAUUACUAAAAUGAAGAAAUCAAAAGACCUUAUGGACGAUGAUUGUUAUUCAGAGAUGGAUUCUUCGGAAGGUCAUCCAGAGAAGCGAAUGGCAUGUUGGGUUAAAGUACUCAUUUGGAUAGGAGGCGUCUUGCUUUCAUUAUCCUUCUUACUAUUUGUUCUAGUAUUUAUAGUAUUCCCAAUAGUAUUUAUGCUAUCCUUGGUAGUAGAGCGACUUUUUAUGUUCUGGAACAUCGACAAUCCCAAAGACCCGGAAUUCGGGAACCCUGCCAAAUACGGCAUACAAGGAGUGAACAAUUUUUACCUGCCCACAAAUGAUUCGGACGGCAAUGGAGUUUUAUCCAUCGGCGUGUGGCAGAUUUUGCCGAAAGAUAUGCAACACUCGACGGAGACCAACGUGGAAAAAUUACUGAUGGAGGAGAAAAAAUAUCCAAUUCUGCUGUACUUGCACGGUGUUGCUUGCAACAGGAUUUUGCCCAUUAAAAGUUACCAAGUUAUGAGGGAGCAUUUCCAUGUCUUUGCCUGGGAUUAUAGAGACAACAUCCAGAUCUACGAGUGGGUGAAAAAACGGACCAACCAGGACAUUUACGUGUGGGGACACUCGUUGGGAUCGGCCCUGAGCAUCCACACCGUUCGAAAGUUGCACGAGGAGAGGAACAUUGUGCCCAAAGGGCUCGUAAUAGAAUCCGCAUUUACCACCAUGAGGGACGAGGUCGUAUCCACAUCGAUAGGAAAGUUCUUCGCAUGGCUGGCUUAUUUUAACGCAACAGUUUUGGAUCCUCUGGAGGAGCAUGGGUUCAGGUUUUGGUCCACAACGAACAUACAACACGUGCAGUGUCCUACAAUGCACUUGCAUGCAAUGGAUGAUAAUGUAAUUCCUUGGACUUUAGGAGAAAGGUUGAAGGAUGUCGCCCUUGAAAGACCAGGAUUAUCAAACUACACAUUUUGGCAUCUUUUUUCGGCGUUACACGGCUAUAAACAUACAGAAAUUACUGAUGAUCAAAAUAUUCCAAAAUACAUAGAGGUUUCAUUAUCCCUCCUACUAUUUGUUCUAGUAUUUAUAGUAUAUCCAAUAGUAUUUAUGUUAUCCUUGCCAGUAGAACGAUAUUAUGUAUUUAUGAACAACGACGAUUCCAAAAACUCGGAAUUCGGAAAUCCUGCCAAAUACGGCAUAAAAGGGGUAAACAAUUUUUACGUGCCUGUAAACGAUUCGGACGGCAAUGGAGUUUUAUCCAUUGGCGUGUGGCAGGUUUUGCCGAAAGAUAUGGAAAACUCCACGGAGACCAACGUGGAAAAAUUACUGAUGGAAGAAAAAAAAUAUCCCAUUCUGCUGUAUUUUCACGGCAUGAAUUGCAGCAGGGUUAAGCCCCUUAUGAGUUACGAAAUUGUAAGGCGACAUUUCCACGUUUUUGCGGUGGAUUAUAGAGGGUACGGCGACUCCUCCGAUUUUGUCUUGACAGAAAGCGGCAUCAUCCACGACAACAUUCAGGUCUACGAGUGGCUGAAAGAAAGGACCAACCAGGACAUUUACGUGUGGGGUCACUCCUUGGGAACAAGCGUGAGCGUCCACACCGUAAGGACUUUGUACGAGGAGAAGAACAUUGUGCCUAAAGGGCUCGUCAUCGAAGCCGCCUUUCCCACCAUAAGGGAGGUAUUUGUAUUAUCACCGAUAGGAAAGUUUUACGGAUGGCUGGCUUAUUUUAAUGCGACAAUAUUGGAUCCUCUGGAGGCGCAUGGGUUCAGGUUUUGGUCCACAACGAACAUAAAAUACGUGCAUUGUCCUACAAUGCAUUUGCAUGCAAUGGAUGACUUUGCAGUUCCGUGGACUUUAGGAGAAAAGUUGAAGAAUGUUGCCCUUAAAAGACCAGGCCUAUCAAACUACACAUUUUGGCAUCUCUUUUCGGCGUCGCUCGGCUAUCAACAUACAAAUAUUCUUAAGGAUCCGAAUAUACCCCAAUAUAUAGAGUGGUUUAAAGGAAACUGCACAAAAUUUGUUUAAGAUUUGGAGUUAAAAAGAAAUAUAACACAUAAAUAAACAUUUGUGAUAAACAUUUGCGAUAUGUACGGUCAUCUACGUAAAUGCUGGGAGCAAUCAAUUUCUACGAAAGCAUAAUUUGUGAAGAAUAAACUAUUUUGUAUAAUAUUUUUUAUUAUUUUCUAAACAAUUUUAACACCUUUUGGAGUUACAAAUUUCCUAUUAUUAUACCACACGAAAAACUUUUUGCAGGCAAUCACAAUAACUUUUCUUAAAUAUCUCAAUAACAUUUUCAAAGGUCUGUACAUAAAAACAAGUAAAACUAUGGUAUACCACUAUAGUGGCUAAAAAUAGCAUUAAAACAUCCAAUAAAUAAUAUUGAUAUAAGGGUAAAUCAGUGGCGUUACUUCUUAAAUGGUGGGCACCCUUAUACCGUAUGACGUAUUCAACCCAAUAAACUGCUUUAUCCAGAUCUGAGAUUGGCUGGUCCAGCAGUAUUUUGCCCAACUCAUUAGCUCGCUCGCGAUAU